UCUUUUUUAAAAGGUAAAAUAAAAAUAAUUUUUGGUAAAUAAUGGUGUUCAUAAAUUUAUCGAUCGAAUAUUCUCAAUUUAACCUAUAUAAUAAUACCGGCACAGAUUGGGUGACAUACGGAUUUAUGGCAUGUGUUUAACGUGAAGAUUCAAAAAAUAUUGUCUAAUAUUAAAUAUAGCUACGUUAGAGAUUAUCUGUUUGAAAGUGAAGACGGUGAAAUUAUUCUGACGUCUAUUCUUCUUCAUGUGGAUCGGACGCUUUUAUGGUGGUUAAUGUCAAUGAAGUAGAAACAUGGAGGAAGUUAGCGAUGUCACAUUUUGAAACAGAAAACUGCACUCAAAUACGAUGCUCAAGUCUCCUAAAAAAAGAGGUAGCAUGCUGUGCACGAUCACUUUCUGUAUAAUGUUGGCUUUACUGAUAUAACAUUUAUACGCUUCAAUGCACAAACUUCAAAAUAUUGAUAUAUUUUCAAAAUAACGGAUAGAAACAGAAGAAACAAUACGUUUUAGAUUAGCUUGAUGAUGUUUUUAAUAGUUAUCGGUUUUUGUGUGUUCUUUCAGACAAGUUAUGUUCUGUCUAGCGGGAUAUUUUUAAAUAACUUUCAGAUAGCUAAACUUCUAGAGAAUGAUGAAAUUGAGAAGAAUUUUAUUAGAAACCUACCGUGUCUACGGAAGAGCAGAAAGUGUUUAGCAGAACGCAUUAAAACUCGUGGAUGGCAAAAUCAACGAGGCAUCAACAAAUUACUCAACAAAGGUUUAAAUAUAACAAAUGAAAAAAAGUUUAUUGAUGAUGUUCUCAAGCUUAUGAUAGCAGAUAAUGCAGAUGUACUGCAAGGUGCGAACGAAGAUGAGUUCAAUGCUCCAAAAGAAACGAAUAAAAAGCGAACACAGUACAUCAAAAAGCGUAAAAAGCAUCGCAAAAAGUCCGAUACGGAGAUUACGACCCGUUCAGAAAUUUUGGAAAUUCCAGAUUUCGUAAACACGUUUGAUUUAAACGACUUCAAUACCGAUUCUUUUCGAAAGCGUUCAUUCAUAGCACGAAAACCAGAGGCUAAUAGUGGCGACAGGGACGACGAUGAUAGCAACGACGAUGACGACGACGAUGACAAUGACGCCGUUGUCAGCAACAAAACAGCCAGUACAGUGGUUGCUUCAAAUCAAGAAAACAUUAACCCUUCCGUCUCCAACAAUACCGGCAUAAUUUCCAGUAGUUUAAAAAACAUAUCUGUUUAUAACCAAUCUGAUAUAAAUAAUAAUGGAAAUGAAAAAUUAAAUCACAACUCUAUUGGAACUAAUAAUACACUUCAAACUAACGCUGCAACAUCAGAAAGAAAUAUUUUAAAUGACACGAGUAGUACAGUGCCAUAUCAGUUGAGUAUAGAACAUCAAAAUAUUAAUGCAACUUUUUUGAAUUCGACGACAUCCUUACUAGAAAACAAUAACAAUAAAAUGCAAGGGAAUUUAUAUUUACCAGAAGAGAAUAACACAUCUCUGUUACAAAGGAAUUUAACGCAGCAAAUAAACGAUACCAUUAACGCUGCUAAUGGGACGACUACGUUUGGUAAUAACAGUACAACAUUGCCUGCUUUUUCUGUAAGAAACCUCCAAUUUCCUGACAAUUAUUCAACAUCGUUAGGCAGUGAUAAGAACGUAACCGUACUUAACUCAACCGCGCAGUAUUUGUCACAAGCAUUGGAGUAUUUAAAUACAAGCGCACCAGCAAAUGUGACAGUUAGUGUUAAUCAAAUUUUGAGUAAUACUUCAUUCUCAUCUAACAAGUCAACACAAUUAAAUAAUGGGUCCACACUUGAUCGGAUAAGAAAUGCUACUAACAUACGUUAUGCUGGGAUAUUAAACAGAACCGCAUCAUUUGAGGCUCUUAAAAAUAUGACAUAUAUCAAGUCAGCAAAAAACGAGACAACGGGCUUGAAAAGAAACAGCUUAGAAAUACACACGCGGAGAAAUCAUAGACGAGUUAAAAAACGGAAACAUUUCAAGUCUCGACAUAAGACAAAAUUAGACAAGGCUUUUGAUGAACAGAUGGCAACUCUAGAAUCGGGGUGGAAUAUCGAGGAUAGCUCCAAUGAUGUCUUUGGGCAAUGGGGAGAUGAAAAGGAAGCAGCCACGCAGGUUGCACCCACAGCCCAAACAAAAGCACGAUUUUAUCAAACUCAGGAUGAAAACAUCGGGAUAUCAAAAAAGCACAAUAAAAGUCGUACGCAUAGAAUUAAAGUCAGCCAUAACGCUAGACACUCACCUCUGAGUCAACAGUCUUUUCACAAUGAAGACAGUUGGAAUAACUAUGACUCGCAAUCUGUACACUGGAACGACUACUCCCAUGAUAGACCUGCGACGGAAUACAAUAGCGCGUCAGCAGCUAAUCCUGUCAUGCAUGCACCAACCGGAACAGUCUCGGAAAUACCAGCAUAUCAAAUGACUGAGAUAGCUCAACCGACAGCUAAUCCACCCCCACCGGUGACUUACACACCGUUUAAUACCGUUGCACCACAGCAAACUGCUCCGGUAUUGCCUACAUCCACAUGGCCAGCAAACACGUCAUAUAAUCCCUCUGCAACGUAUCCUUCUCUUCCUUCCCAAAACAAUUAUAAAGAUUUGUCAUGGACGAAAGACGUACCAGCAGGUAAAGUUAAAGCUACACGUGUGUGCAAACCGGGACCACCGAAACCUGCAAUGCCUGGAAAAGCUAACUGUCUGAUCAUUGGAGAUUCAAUCGCCCUAAGUUAUAGCUACUCAGUCGCAGCAGCGUUAAAAGAUGUUUGUCAAGUUCAGUUGGCUCCUGCAUCCAAAGCAGGAGUUGCUUUAGACACAACAUAUGGUGUACGAUGUCUAAGCAUGUUCUUAACAACAAGUAGCCUGAUACCAACACAUUAUGACGUAGUAGUCUUAAAUUACGGCUUGCAUGAUAUCGAUUAUUUGGAGAAAUAUCCAGAGGAAUACAACAGCAUCAAAAAUUACAAGGGAAAUCUGAGGAAGCUUAAAAGAAGAAUACUGAGGACUGGUGCAGAUUUGAUUUUUCCUCUUUCAACACCUGUUACUUUUAGUGAAGAAAAAGACAAGAUUUUGAAAAAAUAUAACCAGGCCGCCAAAAAAGUGAUGUUAAAGUCGAAUGUCACCACUAUCGAUCUUCACUCUCUCGUGAUAAAAGAAUGUGGACCAGUUCCUUUCGAGAACUGUUACAUGAUGAAGAAGCCGCAUGACGUGCAUUACGGCACAGUGGGAUCUAUAAUGCUUGGCAAGAGAAUUGCAUUUGCAGUUAAGGAAGUAUUGGAAAAGAGAAGGCAAAGUAGUACAGGUGAUCUACCAUUACCAAAGAAAAUAAUCGACCUAUCUAAAAAUUCCACUCAGUGUUUCUUACCAGGGACAAGCUGCCCAGCAGGUUAUACAUGCAUGACGAAUAUUGUUGCCCGUGCAGGUUUUGGUUGCUGCCAUUUGAAAGACGGUAUUGACUGCGGUGACUCAUGGCAUUGCUGUCCUAAAGGAACUACGUGUCACCCAGGAUGUACAGACACGCAGUGCUCUUGCAUUACAUCUGAGCCGAGCUAACAUGACGUCACAGUAG